CUGGUGCAGGCUUGCCGAAACAAAGGCUCUCGCUGCUGCCGCCGCCGCCGCCACUGCUGUGUUUUUUUUCUUCCACGCCGAUAUAAAAGCUCCCAGCGCUCGGCAGCACACGGCACAGCGGGGCAGAGCCCGGCCGCCCCCAGCCCCAGCCUGGCACAGGGAGCCGGAGUGGCCACACGCUGGCCCAAGGCCCCGCUGUGCCAGGGACUCCUACUGGGGCACGUCCCCAUCCCAGGAAGCUGCAGCAGCGGGAGCGUGGCUGGAGCCGUGGCCUCGCCAGGUCUGCAGGUGAUGGGGUUAUGCUGCGCCGACAGCGUCCCCUGAGCCCCCGUGAGAAGGAGAAGGGCUGAGGCAGCCACGUGCCAGCACCAUGGCCCACUCCCAGGUGUCCUCUGAGAUCCACCACAUCGUCUCCUCCGCCUUCCAGAGUCCCGAGCAGGAGGCGCUGGGUGCCAGCUCACCCGUGUUCGGGGAGGAGGAGGAGGAGAAGGACCUGAACAAGGCGCUGGGUGUGGAGCGCUUCGAGGAGAUCCUGAGCGACGCACACCCCCGCAACGCCGAGGAGGCCGGGCGCAGCUACGGCGAGGAGGACUUCGAGUACCACCGCCAGUCGUCCCACCACAUCCACCACCCGCUGUCCACGCACCUGCCCCCCGAUGCCCGCCGCAAGAAGGGGGUGCCCAAAAAGGGCAAGAAGAAGCACCGCCGCGCCUCCGUCCCCGGAGAGACCCCCACCAUCGAGGAGGCCGAGGAGGAUGAGGACGAGCUGUGCGACACGGAGAUGGAGCGGUCGGCAGAGGAGCUCCUGCAGCCCGGCCCGGCCGAGGCCGUGCAGUUCUUCCUGCAGGAGGAUGAGGUGAGCGACUACCGGGCAGAGGAGCCGGCGGCUCCCGCAACGCUGCCGGGAUCCCCUGCGGAGUCCUGGGGCUCUGCAUCCCCCCGGGAAGCCCGGGCAGGCAGCCCCGAUGCGGAGGAGGGAGGUUUGUCAGAGGUGGUGGCGGCCGCCGAUGGCGGCUCCCCCGGGCGCCCCAUGGCCAAGUCGCAGCCGGGGCACCGCAGCUACAACCUGCACGAGCGGCGCCGCAUCGGCAGCAUGACGGGCGCUGAGCAGGCGUGCUACCAGAAGAUGCCGACGGACGAGUCGGAGGCCCAGACGUUGGCCUCGGCCGACCUGGACUACAUGAAGAGUCACCGCUUCGAGGACGUGCCGGGGGUGCGCCGGCACCUCGUCCGAAAGAGUGCCAAACCACAGGUGGUGCACGUCAGCAAGGACCACAAGGAGCCCAGCACACGCCAGCGCAAGCAGGACCGGCAGCCCCACGAGGUGUUUGUGGAGCUGAACGAGCUGGUGGUGGACAAGAACCAGGAGCUGCAGUGGAAGGAGACAGCACGCUGGAUCAAGUUUGAGGAGGACGUGGAGGAGGAGACAGACCGCUGGGGAAAGCCACAUGUAGCCUCGCUCUCGUUUCGCAGCCUCCUGGAGCUGCGCAAAACCCUGUCCCACGGGGCUGUGCUACUCGACCUGGACCAGAAGACGCUGCCGGGGGUGGCUCACCAGGUGGUGGAGCAGAUGGUCAUCACCGACCAGAUCCGGGCUGAGGACCGUGCCAAUGUGCUGCGGGCGCUGCUGCUCAAGCACAGCCACCCGAGUGACGAGAAGGACUUCUUCCCCCGGAAUAUCUCUGCUGGCAGCCUGGGCUCGCUACUCGUGCACCACCACAGCACCAACCACGUGGCCGAGGGCAGCGAGCCGGCCGUCACCGAGCCCCUCAUCGCCGGCCAUGCCGUGGAGCACGACACGCGGGUCGAUGUGGAGAGGGAGAGGGAGGUCCUUACCCCCACGCCGCCGGCUGGCAUCACUCGCUCCAAGUCCAAGCAUGAGCUGAAGCUGCUGGAGAAGAUCCCAGACAACGCCGAGGCCACGGUGGUGCUUGUGGGCUGUGUGGAGUUCCUGGACCAGCCCACCAUGGCCUUCGUGCGGCUGCAGGAGGCCGUGGAGCUGGACUCGGUGCUGGAGGUGCCCGUCCCCGUGCGGUUCCUCUUUGUACUGCUGGGCCCCAGCAGCACGCACAUGGACUACCAUGAGAUCGGGCGCUCCAUCUCCACCCUCAUGUCUGACAAGCAAUUCCACGAGGCCGCCUACUUGGCCGACGACCGGCACGACCUCCUCAACGCCAUCAACGAGUUCCUGGACUGCAGUGUGGUGCUGCCGCCCUCCGAGGUGCAGGGCGAGGAGCUGCUGCGCAGCGUUGCCCACUUCCAGCGCGAGAUGCUGAAGAAGAGAGAGGAGCAGGAGCGGAGGCUGCUGCUGGAGCCCAAGUCCCCCGAAGAGAAAGCGCUGCUGAAGCUGAAGGUGGUGGAGGGCGAGGGCGAGGAGGAGGACGACGACCCGCUGCGGCGCACGGGCCGGCCGUUCGGUGGGCUGAUCCGCGACGUGCGGCGCCGCUACCCCAAGUACCUGAGCGACUUCAGGGACGCGCUGGACCCGCAGUGCAUCGCCGCCGUCAUCUUCAUCUACUUCGCCGCGCUGUCUCCGGCCAUCACCUUCGGAGGGCUGCUGGGAGAGAAGACGCACGACCUGAUCGGCGUGUCUGAGCUGAUCAUCUCCACGUCGCUGCAGGGUGUCCUCUUCUGCCUGCUGGGUGCUCAGCCCCUGCUUGUCAUCGGCUUCUCGGGGCCACUGCUCGUCUUCGAGGAGGCUUUCUUCACGUUCUGCACAUCCAACGACCUGGAGUACCUGGUGGGGCGUGUCUGGAUCGGCUUCUGGCUCAUCCUCAUCGUGCUGGUCAUGGUGGCCUUCGAGGGCAGCUUCCUGGUGCGCUUUGUCUCCCGCUUCACCCAGGAGAUCUUCGCCUUCCUCAUCUCCCUCAUCUUCAUCUACGAGACCUUCUCCAAGCUGGCCAAGAUCUUCCAGGAGCACCCCCUGCAUGGCUGCCUGCGCGCCAACGGCACUGAGGCCGAGGCCUGGAGGAAUGACAGCAGUGCCAGCACCAACGGCACGGCCGCCCGCACCACCGCCAAGGUGAUGGGGCAGCCCAACACCGCGCUGCUCUCGCUGGUGCUCAUGGCUGGCACCUUCUUCAUUGCCUUCUUCCUGCGCAAGUUCAAGAACAGCCGCUUCUUCCCAGGAUGGAUCCGACGGCUCAUCGGUGACUUCGGGGUGCCCAUUGCCAUCCUGGUGAUGGUGCUGGUGGACUACAGCAUCCAGGAUACCUACACGCAGAAGCUGAGCGUGCCCAGCGGGUUCUCAGUGACGGCCCCGGACAAGCGGGGUUGGGUGAUCAACCCUCUGGGUGAGAGGAGCGACUUCCCUGUCUGGAUGAUGGUGGCCAGUGGCCUCCCUGCCGUCCUCGUCUUCAUCCUCAUCUUCAUGGAGACACAGAUCACCACGCUGAUCAUCAGCAAGAAGGAGCGGAUGCUGCAGAAGGGCUCCGGGUUCCACCUUGACCUGCUGCUGAUCGUGGCCAUGGGCGGGUUCUUCGCGCUGUUCGGGCUGCCGUGGCUGGCGGCGGCCACAGUGCGCUCAGUCACACAUGCCAACGCUCUUACUGUCAUGAGCAAGGCCGUGGCGCCUGGGGACAAGCCCAAGAUCCAGGAGGUGAAGGAGCAGCGUGUCACUGGGCUGCUGGUGGCUGUGCUCGUCGGGCUGUCCAUCGUCAUCGGGGACCUGCUGCGGCAGAUCCCACUGGCUGUGCUCUUCGGGAUCUUCCUCUACAUGGGCAUCACCUCCCUCAACGGCAUCCAGUUCUACGAGCGCCUGCAGCUGCUGCUGAUGCCCCCCAAGCACCACCCUGAUGUCACCUACGUCAAAAAGGUGCGGACGCUGCGCAUGCACCUCUUCACCGGGCUGCAGCUGGGCUGCCUGGCCGUGCUCUGGGCUGUCAUGUCCACCGUGGCCUCCCUGGCCUUCCCCUUCAUCCUCAUCCUCACGGUGCCGCUCCGCAUGUGCCUGCUCAGCCGCAUCUUCACCGACCGUGAGAUGAAGUGUCUGGAUGCAGACGAGGCCGAGCCCAUCCUCGAUGAGCGGGAAGGUGUGGACGAGUACAACGAGAUGCCGAUGCCGGUGUGAGCGCGGCAGCCAGCGAGGCGGCUGCGAGGCCGGGCACGGCCGGGACCCCUCCGCCGCCCCCGCGGGCUCCUGCCAAAGAGCCGCGGGCCCAGGGGCUCGCCGGUCCCUGGGGAGCGAGCCUCGGGUCCCCCUCGGCGCAUCCCGACCCCCAGGGGCUGAGCCCACGGCCCCGGGCUCGCCCCAGACAAUCAGGCGUCGCCGCGGUGUGUUUAACGGCGCAAUUGACACGGCAAUAAACAGCUUCCCCGGCAGCUCGAGGUGCGGGGGCAGCCCCGGCCCCCUGCCCGCGCCGCGGCUGUGCCAGGGCUGGGCUGCUGCCGCACCGGGUGCUGGGGGCAGGGGGCUGCGGCUGCCCGUGCCCAGGGCCGAGGCUGAGGGCUGCAGCCCCCCCGAGCAGGGGCCGGCCCGCGCAGGGGCUGCAGCCCGGUGCCAAUAAACACGAUGGACUUUG